AUGGCGGCCACGAACCGGGCGCGGCCGCAGCCCCGCGCCAACAUAUCCUUCUUCUCGAAGAUCCAGGGCAAGAUCAGCGACGCGUGCGCCCAGCAGAAGUUCCUCACCGAUAAGAAAACGCUCGAGAAGACGUGGAAGCUGAUGGACAAGGUGGUGAAGCUGUGCCAGCAGUCGAAGAUGAAUCUCAAGAACAGCCCGCCGUUCAUACUGGACAUCCUGCCCGACACCUACCAGCGGCUGCACCUGAUCUACUCCAAGUACGAGGACCAGAUGCACCUGCUGCACUCGAACGAGCACUACAACAUCUUCAUCAACAACCUGAUGCGCAAGUGCAAGCAAGCGAUCAAGCUGUUCAAGGAGGGCAAGGAGAAGAUGUUCGACGAGAACUCGCACUACCGGCGUAACCUCACCAAGCUCAGUCUCGUCUUCUCGCACAUGCUGUCCGAGCUGAAAGCCAUCUUCCCGAAUGGGCUGUUCGCGGGUGAUCAGUUUCGCAUUACCAAAGCAGAUGCGGCUGAAUUUUGGAAAACGCGUUUCGGAAACAGUACACUCGUUCCCUGGAAGCUGUUCCGAUUCGAGCUCUCCUUGGUGCAUCCGAUAUCCUCCGGGCUGGAAGCGAUGGCGCUUAAAACCACCAUAGACUUAACGUGCAAUGAUUAUAUAUCAAAUUUUGAAUUUGAUGUGUUUACAAGGCUGUUUCAACCCUGGAAUACGUUGCUGAGAAAUUGGCAAAUCCUUGCUGUGACCCACCCGGGCUACGUAGCUUUCCUAACCUACGACGAAGUCAAAGCACGCUUACAAAAGUAUAUCACUAAGGCUGGUAGUUAUGUUUUCAGAUUAUCUUGCACGCGGUUAGGACAGUGGGCGAUAGGAUACGUGACGCAAGAGGGUGAAAUCCUGCAGACGAUCCCACAGAAUAAGUCAUUAUGUCAAGCUUUACUAGACGGCCAUAGAGAAGGGUUCUAUCUGUACCCGGAUGGCAAGCCAAACAAUCCGGACCUGUCGUUUGCCGUGCAGAGUCCGCUCGAGGAUCAUAUCACCGUGACGCAGGAGCAGUACGAGCUGUACUGUGAGAUGGGGAGCACCUUCCAGCUGUGCAAAAUCUGCGCGGAAAACGAUAAAGACAUUCGCAUCGAACCGUGCGGCCAUCUGCUGUGCACACCCUGCCUGACGGCCUGGCAGGUGGACUCGGAGGGUCAGGGUUGUCCGUUCUGUCGGGCGGAAAUCAAAGGCACGGAACAGAUCGUGGUCGACGCGUUCGAUCCGAAACGGCAGCACAACCGCAACUCGGCCAACGGACGUCAGCAGCUGCAGAACGAUGACCACGAUGACGAUACGGAGGACGAUUUCAAUAUCGCCACCUCAUCUCUGCACGCGCUGAGCAACAGCAUGACGCUGGCACGGAACAACAACGACAAGCAAAGCCCCCACUCGUCGCCCCGGUUACCCCGCCGGCAGCUGCAACAAUCGACGCCACCACCACCACCGCCACCCUCGUCCUGUCAACCGACCUCGCAGGCACCCUCGGCCCCGAUCCUCUCCGGGAGCGACAUUUACGCGGGUGGUCCUUCGGCGGCCGUACUUCUGCUCGGCAUGUCCUCGAGUCCUGGCCCUGGAGGUGGGGGAGGGACGCCCGUUCCGAUGGGGCCCCCCACAGCAUCCGGUGGCACCGGUUCCGCCUGCACAACCUCCUGCCCCGGGACGCACGCAUCCUGCAACUCAUCGCCCUCGUCCGCAUCCUCGACCACUUCUUCGUCCUCGUCGUCCUCUUCGUCCUCUACCACAUCCUCCUCGUCCUCUUCCUCUUCCUCCACGUCCUCGUCGUCCUCGGCGUCCUCAACCACCACGUCAUCCGGUGCCGGUGGCACAGGAACCUCGACGGUAUCCCAUCCAUCGGUAGCUACCGGACCGGCACCACCGACACUAGCAGGAGCUACCGUGUCUCACACGGUCAACGGGAACCUGGCCACACACACGAACAUCUCGCUCAACAGCUGCGGGGCCACAGGAGGCCAUAGCAACCUGGUCAAGUGUAACAAAUCUUCCUCCUCUUCGCUUCUACCACAGGGUGGUUCGAGCGGCUCCGGAGCCAGUGGUAGCGGUGCUGGUGGUGGAGUAGGUCCUUGCGGUGGAUCUCAUCAACCGCCACACCAGGCUAACCGGUUAAGCGCCCCCGUCGGCAGCGGUGUGUCCGGUGUCGGUUCCGGCGGUUCCCCAAGCAGCUAUCUCAUCCUGAAAGCACUCAACAAGGCGCUCUCGAGUGAAUCCGCGGCCACCGGAUGUCCGGGUGGUUCGAUGGAGUCGAUCUACCAACACGGGUACCGGCAGUGCACGACGACACCACCACCAUUGCCACCACGGAAGUCCUCACCCGGCAUCCUGGCCGGUGCCAGUGACGCACGUCUACAAAAGGGAGCGGUUGCGUGUGGCAACCGAGUGGUGGGGACACCAAUGGCCACCUCAAGUCAAACACCGCAACACCUGCAUCCAAGUAGCGCACCCAGGAGUGCGAAUCAAAUCAACGGAGCCUCGAGUAUGGGCAACCUCGCGAGUCACACAGGUGGAGCGUUACAUCUCAGCCGCAGUUCGGAGAAUCUUCCCUCGUUGGCAUCGACUCAACCACCACCACCACCGGUUCCGAAGCAUCAAAACAUCGUGGUGACCACACAGGAUCCGCAACACACCGUGCAACAGCUGCACAACGCCGGAUGUCCUUGCUCAAGCAACAACACGCAACCGUUGGUAGAUCCUUUUGCGGUCGGUGAUGGCGUCGGUACGGACAAAGUGAUUGUCGGACCGGCGGAGACGAUCGUCGGUAUCAUUGAUACGCGGCCACCGGAGGCGCGUCAUCCGAUUAUCCUGAAGGUGGACGAAAAGCCGGACCAGAGUCUCAUUCUAACGGCCGCCCUAACGCCUAACAACGUGUACCAGUUCAAGCCGACGAGUGUAUCCGCUAGCAGUGGCAAUUUGAACGGGCUUGUCACGGUGCAAGCCGGAUCAACGGCCAAUGAUUCGGUGCUAGCGAGCGGUGGUGGUGAGCCAGCGGUCAGUACGGCAGCAACGAUCGUGUUUAAACCAGCCCCAGCUCAACCACAACCAACACCACAACGACAACCCCAGCCACAACCCCGGACACAGUUCACACAACCGGUUCAACCCGUACAGACGACACCGACGGUGGCCAAUGUCUCAACAACGGCGACCACCUCAAACAACCACCAACGGCAUCAGUCGCUGCCGGCGAACAGUGCGGCGGUUGGGGCGAAGAUCCUGCCCCAUCCACCAUCGAAGUCGAUCACCUCCUCGCAGCUAGCGGCCUCGGCAGCAGGACGGCCAUCGUCUUCCGGUAACGGCCAUCCGUUGCUGUACGAAAACGUGAGCCUAGCGUCGAGCGGACCGCUUAAGGACUGCCCCAGCAACCAUCGGCAGCAUGGUAGCAACAACAACAACCACCUGGCGAGCUCGGGGAGUGGUGGAGGCGUGGGUCCUGAAGGACGUCCCGGACCAACGCUUAGUUCAGCGCUCAACAACAACAACAAUCCGAAUGUACCGUACGAGAACAUCAACCUCGAGUACAUCGCGCGGUUGAUGCAGGAGGGCUACUCGAAGGAGAACGUCAUCACGGCACUUGGGAUCUCGCGGAACAACAUCGAGAUGGCGUGCGACAUCCUGCACGAGUUCGUGAGCAAGAGUGGCGGCGGUGAGGAUGUGCGCCUGAUGGCGGAGUUGCACAUCAUCGGCGAGUUGAGGACGGCAGUGGACUUCGACGAACCGAAUCUGUUUUGUCGGUGGAGUAUCCAAUUCGGUUCGAACUGGAAGGCAAUCGAGGGCCACACGGAGGGUCAGUCCUGUUGCAGUACGGCUCGGAUCGACCACAGAUCGGACUUUGGCACUCCGAUUGAUCUACACCUUGCGACGAGAGGUCUCCAGGGUUGGCCAAAGUUGCACGUCGAAGUUUACGCGGUUAACGCGCUCCGAAACUAUUGGCCCGUUGGCUACGGGUUUGCAUUUGUGCCGGUCCGACCCGGUCAUCACCGAGUGCGUAUUGCCACGUGGCGUGUAACAUCAUCUGCGUUGACCGACGUGGUCCGCGAACGGUUCCAUACCGGCGGGAUUUCGCUUGCCAAAAGUGACAUCGCGUUCUCCGGCAUCGAGCGUAUGGAGUGGAGCUACAUUAGCCGGUUGGUCGUGGUCCUGCUACUGCUUGUUUUUACCGUCCAGGGAUCUGAUAGGAACGUGCAGCGGUUCGUCAAGAUUGACGUGUCUAAGAUAAACGUGAAGAAUGCUUCCGAUCCUAACAGCGCUAACACCAGCACAACGACCGUUGUUAAUGAACCGGUGACGGAGGCAUCGACCACAAUCUCUACGGCGGAGCAAAGUACCCCCACUGUGACUUCUACGACUCCUAUUCCAGCUUCCACGGUGUCUAUCCCUAGUGAUCAUGGAACCACGGCCAGCCUUCCCACAUCGACUCCAGGCGCAGUGCCAACGGAUCCGUCCCCACUGCCUUUUACGCCAGGACGUGCCGCAAAACUAGUGCCCGAAGGAUACUACUGCCGGUGUGACCUGACGAUCAACGCCUGCGACGUUAACUGCUGCUGCGAUAUCGAUUGUGACAAGGUGAUGCUCCGAUCGUUCGAUUGUAAUGAAGAGACACUCCACAAGGACGAGUACCACCACAACGAAGGACUUCAGUCGUGCCGUGUCCAAGGUGGCCUGUUUUGUCUCGUCGAGCCUAUUUAUGAGGAAGGUGAUGAUAGUCACUACGACACAAAGCGACUACCACACGCCACUCGUCACAAGUGGAAGGACUUAUUUCCCGUUGAUGUAUCUCCAUCUUCCUCCUCUUCCUCGGCAGAAGACAUCCGGUACGAUCAGUACCGUGUGGACGACGUCGUGUACUUUUACAAUGAAUCCAGCGAGCUGGUACAACCGUUCGUCCUUCCAUAUUCUCUUACCGGAGGUACCUGCCAAGUGGAGCAACCGGUGCGUUUCCUACGCGAUAGAAUCGAUCUCUGUCGGCGAACCGUAGACGAACUAGGUGAUUUCAAUCGUGCGUUCCUACGCCACCACGCGGCACAGACGCGCUUCUUUCGUACGCCCAAAAAAUCAACCGUCAUGGAACGGUACUGUGCGGAUGAUGUCGAUUGUCUUAAUGCGACGCUUUCGGUUUGUCACUCGAAUGGGAACGAUUGGAACUGCACGCAGGAUGCGACGAACAGCAGUAGUACUAACACUAUGGCAGAAUCAAUCGAAAACGAUUCCGGUGUAAGCUGUCAAGGAAUUGAGAUAACUUUCAUCCAUAACUAUACCCACCUUUUAGAGGUGCGGAUGAAGAUAACUUGCCAGUCAUAUCCUGCUGAUCAGGAACUCUGGGAAGAGAUCGUGUGGCAACGGAUCACUGUGCGGUUUGCCGAUACGACUCCUCCAGGGAAAAGCAACGUUAUCCGAUCAGUGAGUGGUAACAUAGGUUACCUCACCGGUAAGCCGCUGAUUGUGACGCAUAUGCAGCUACCAUCGAACAACACUGCCACAAACCAGGAUACUCCUGCCGAAAACAUGCCCAAUCCCAUGCUGGCGUACUUCACCAACGGAACGCGUCUACCGGAUGGUGUUUUCCGCCUACGGGUACCCAUGAGCCGCAGGAACCGGUGUGUACCGGUCAGCAUGGAACAUGGAAUGAUCGAUUUCGGAGUCGAUUCACAUCAUCGUUGCAAUUAUGUUCCAAUGGAAUUCACCAACCAAACGGGAAGCCCCCAAAAUUUCACCCGUUUCUGCUCCGAUCUACAGCAGGGUCUAUACGGUCAGCUGCUGCCCGGAGUUCAUCGCAUGCCGGCCACAUCCGCCGGCGAAGGAUACGACCGGCUUAACCUGUACCUCUCGAAAUACGCCAAUCCACGUAACCGCACCGCGGACUGGGUGCAGGUACGGUCAACCAACGUCAUCGCAAGCGCCCAACCCGGUGCUGAACCGUCCGACCCUACCGACGGAUACUUCACCUGCAGUAACAUGCUCAUCAACGUGGACUAUCGGUUCUACUAUGCGCGGGAACGUGUGAGAGGCGUACGGCAUCAGGCCAUCCUGCGAGAUGCAGAAAUCGUGUUCGGACCUCGGGUCAACUUGCGCUUCCGGCUGGAUGAGGACAUUCGUGUGCCCAUAUUCGUGCAGGUACAGUUUUUCGAUCUAACAUCAUCGUCGGUUGGUGUCCUGUCAUGGCCGGAAUUUACAGUCUUACCUGUGGUGUCCGGUUUACUAAUCAUCAUGGGGUCUUGUUAGAGGUGAUCGGAUGUUUUACAAAAAUGUGUUUGUCCGUACUUCAACGGUUUCGGUGUUCAAUUCCGUUCUGUAUCUAGUAUUUUCCAAAAAUAUGGCGUCCUUGUCGAGUAUUCAAACAACCUGACGACAUUUGGUCGCAUAUAAAGCGACAAAUUAGAUGAUCACUUAAGAAAACUGUAAACAUUCGUAAUUUAUUACUAUUUGAUUGCCGAACACGUGUUUGGAAAAGUGAAUAGAAUUUAAUUUACCAUUUAGUUACGUAAAUGUUCGUUUCUUUGGCUCUUAUACUAACU